GCGACGGCGGUGCCGGAGGAGAGGCGCCCGACCCGCGGUGUGGCAGCUCUGUCUGCGUCCAGGCUGCUGUAGUCCCAGGUGCAGCACAGGAAGAAUUCAUCCAGUGAAGGCCUACGGACCAAGGACAACCAUAUUGUUUAAUCCAUGUGAUCCCAAGUAAGGAGUUCACCUGUGUGCACCAGACAUUUUCAUUUGCUUCAAAAACUGCCUGCCGCCCUUUUACUGAAGUGGCUUCAGUCCUCAGAGCAAAGUGACUUCACUUCCAGAAGCCGGAGCAGACAUGAACUCAGUGGCCUUUGAGGAUGUGGCUGUGGAAUUUACUCAAGAAGAAUGGGCUUUGCUGAAUUUUUCUCAGAGGAAACUCUACAGAGAUGUGAUGAUGGAAACCUUCAAGAACCUAGACACAGUUUUUCAACAGGGUAAUAAUAGACCAGAGUUGUCCAUGAAGAAUGACUCCUGGCUCUCCUUGUUUGGAGACAUUUCAGAAGUCCAUGGUAUUGAAUGUCAAUACAGCAACCCGGAAAACCAUCUGAGCAUAUAUACAGUUGACGAUCUCCAUGAGUGUGAGGAAGGUAGAAUAAAGAAGAAGAGAGAAGAAAAUCAGUGUGAGGAAACCUUCAGGUGGAUUGGAAAUCUUUCUAACCUUAGAAGAACUCCUGUUAAACUAAAUUCUUCUGAGUGCCUGGAGAGUAAUAGAGCUUUCGUGGAUUAUCCAUCAUUUGAGCAUCGCAUUGGAUCUCGUACUGGGUACAAACCUUACCAUCGUGAUGAAAGUGGGGAAGACUGCCAUUGUCCCUCUUACCUAAAACUGUGUAUGGGAGAGAAGCUUUGUAAAUUUAAGGAUUAUGGAAAACCUUGUAGUUAUUCCUUACCCCACACUAAACAGUUAAGGACUGCCAGUGGAAAGAAGCCAUAUGAAUGUAAGGAAUGUGGGAUGGCGUUUAGUCGGUCCUCCCACCUCACUAGCCAUCUAAGAAUGCACAGUGGAGAGAGGCCUUAUGAAUGUAAGGACUGUGGGAAAGCUUUUAGUUCUUCCUCCGCCCUCACUACACAUGUAAGGAUUCACACUGGAGAAAGGCCUUUUGAAUGUGUGGAGUGUGGGAAAGCCUUUAGUGAUUGCUCAUCCAUCAGUAGACAUAGAAGAAUUCACAGUGGAGAGAGGCCUUAUGAAUGUCAGGAGUGUGGGAAAGCCUUUAGUCGGUCCUCACACCUCACUAGCCAUCUAAGAAUGCACAGUGGAGAGAGGCCUUAUGAAUGUAAAGAAUGUGGAAAAGCCUUUAGUUCUUCCUCUGCCCUCACUACCCAUGUAAGAAUUCACACAGGAGAAAAGCCUUAUGAAUGUGUAGAGUGUGGGAAGUCCUUUAGUGAUUGCUCAUCCCUCAGCAGACAUAGAAGAAUUCACAGUGGAGAGAGGCCUUAUGAAUGUCAGGAGUGUGGGAAAGCUUUUAAGUGCUCCUCAACCCUCUGUAAACAUGUCAGAACUCACAAUGGAGAUAGGCACUGUGAUAAUAAGGAAUAUGGGAAAACCUUUAGUUGGGCCCCAUCCCCCACAGAAAUAUAAAGAAUGUUUGGGAGCCUCAGUCCUCAUCUCUCUAUCCCUA